AUGGCGAGCCCCGACAGCGAGCGCCGCCCGUGUGGUGGCGGGUUUUUUCCGCCCGUUACGGCGUCGAGGAAGCGCAAGGCGCGAGGGGACAGCUACUCCACCGCCGCGACGGAGGAGCCGCCGGAAGGGGGUGGGAACCGGCUGCUGGCCGGGUACCUGGCGCACGAGUUUCUCACGAAGGGCAGCCUCUUCGGGCGGUCUUGGGACACCGCUGUGAUGCCGGAGACAAAGCCUGGGGAGGCCCCGAUGACGUAUGCGGAGGUGGCGCUCCUGCUGAAGACGGAGGAGGCCCAAAUCCAGGGCAUCGUAAACCCCACGCAGCUCGCUCGGUGGCUCCAGCUCUAA